CUCCGCUGCCACGGUGUGCCAGCUGUGGAUGCUUUACUGGAUGCAAGGAGGACUAAACUCAGCAUGUUCGUCCUUUAGAUGCGCAGUUUAGCGCAGAAGCUUUUCUAUACAAAGUGACGUUUUUGGACUGGGCCGAAAAGUUUUCUUCUAUGUCUAAUUGAGGGAAUUUUUGUUCUAAACCAAAAUCAUGUUCACAUCCUACAUAAAGAAUCUGAAUGAUAUGGUAUUUUCUACGUCUGAGAGCCCCGAGGAGCAGCAAAGCACUGGGGUCUUAGGUCGUAUUGGGAGCUGGCUUUCUCCAUGGAGGGGAAAGGGUCCAAAGAGUCCCACUGAGAAUGCCUUGCCAGCAACUGAUCAGGCUCCUAAAUCAGAGAGGGAAGAGGAGAGUGAGGAGUCCGUGAGACCCUGGGCACAACAGUGGGAGGAGGAAAAGGGACAGAGCUGCAAUCCAGACCCACUGUUUUUCUCCAGAGACAAUUUUCCCUGUGAAGAGGGGGACGCCACGCAGUCUGCCCGCAGAGACGGCUCUGUUGUGAGCAGAACUGAGACAGCAGAAGGAGGUCCAAAAGAGGAGGAGUUUUGGGAGUUCAGGAAGAAGAGAGUAGGGAAGGGCAGAGAGAGGGAGGAGAGCAGCAACGGUGCUUCAGCGAGCGGGAAUCCUGAAAAGAAUGCCAGUCAUCUGACACAUCUCUCUUCCUCCUCUGAGCAGGGAGUGGUGUGGGACUCUGACCGGGUGCAGCCUCGGGCCCAGAGGCGAGCACAGGCCCAGGCAGGCGGGAAGCUCCAUGUGUACUUGGAGGAGACUAGUGUGAUUCAGCGCGGCAAAGACACCUGUGCUGGACAGGAAGUUCAAAUCACAAAAAAGAACUUAAAAGUCCUCCCCAAAGCAAAAUUGUCCCAAAGUUUUGAUUUGAAUUCAGAGAACAGAAGGACAAAUGUUCGGCCAGCUGUUGGGUCACAGAGUUAUUACAGUGCCCUUGUUGGAGUGUCACUGAAAUCACGCCAAGACUCACGCACUGAACCUGAAGAACAAACAGACGCUGACAGCAUGGGGCGCAAAAACGCAGCUAAAAGGAGAGUCAGGAAGAAUUCUCAGGGAGAUACGGGGAACAGCCCACAGGAAAAAAUGCCUCCCAACGCCCAACCUUUUCCAGAGGGAAUCCCUCCAUCAGAUAACUCAGUGACCAGUCCUCAGGGCAAAAGUCCAAAGACACACAGGAGAGAGUCAUCUGCAAACUCCUCCUCCAAGCACAACCCCUCCUCUCAGGCUUCACCUGAGGGAGUGGAGAGUAAGACUUCCUGCUCAGCAGAACAGUUGGACAAAUUCCAGAAGUCAAACUCCGUCAUUGCAGCGGGUCUGGCAUGUGCGGUUGAUGGGGACGCAGACAUGGAGGACGACGACAGUCUUUACCAAGUAGAGAGAAAGACAGAGACGCCAGAGUCCAAACGCAGGAGUUUAAAGGUUUCUCGGAGUGAGGUAAAGCUUUUUACCAAAUAUGUGCCUUUGAAUCCAAAGCAAAGUGCAGAGGGAGACACCCAGGAUUUACAGUCAGUGCGAAAGAAUAACAAAGGUGAAGCCAAGGAGAAGCACGAAACUGAGAUUGAUGCCAGGCUACAUGAGCUGAAGAAAAUUGAUGAGGAGCUGAAGCCAGUCGUUGGCCACAUUGCGGAUAAAAUCGGCCUCUUUGAGCACUCAACAACAAGAAUCAACAAGCAGACCUUCCAGACCCCGAGGAGUGCUGAUGGCUCUCCUGUCAGGUCAGCCACUGACAGGCUCAAAGAAAAUGUUUUGUCAUCAGAGCAGAGGUCAAGAUCAGCUGAGCGUUACAGCCCGGCUAGGUCCAGCUCCACUUCGCCUGUCAGGGUGAAGCCAUUGACUGUCAAGGAGCGAGCGAGGAACUUCACAGAGGCGUCUAAAACAGAGAACAGUGCAAAGCUGCCUCAGAAACCAGCCUUGACAGGAAUAUCUCAAAAGUCCCCCUCAUCUGUCACAGUUGCUGCAUCAAAGUCACCAGAACUGGACAAUCAGGGUCGACUGGAUACUAAAGAGCAAAUACAAGCAAAAGAAAAGUCAGAGAUAACAUUGAAACCAGAUGAACGAGAUACCAUCGCUGUGGGGGGAAAGACUUCCAUUCCUAAAGAACAACCUGCAGACUCCAAAAAGAACGACGCAGCAGCCUCAAAAACAGCAGAUCAAGGUACGAAACAUGACAGUGUUGAGACAGAUGUACCAGUUAAAGUGACAGCUGAUGCAGAACUGGCCAAUAGCAUUAGCCCACAGUCCAAAACCCCAAGCAGAACAGGCUCCCGCUCUAAAAGAAGAAAAAGUAGAGAACCAAGCAGUCCCAUCAGCCCAAAUAGUGAAAACAAACCAGACUGCUCCACAAAUAAAGAAAAGCUCAGUGCAACAAAGCAGCAACAGGUGGAUAAAACAGCGGAUAAUCCUGCUUCUGCCUCCAAACAACACACAGAGGAAGUCUCAUUAGCGUCUGAUAAAGCCCAAGAAAAUUCACCUAACAAACAGUCUUUGUCUGAUAUCACGCAGAAAACACUUAAGAAGGAUUUGCAGGUUUUGGACAAACAGAAGACACAGUUGGAUUCAUCAUCUGAAAAGGGGAGUAUUGACAAACUAGUCAGUAGACAGAAGGGAUUGCCUGAACCAUCUGUCAGCAAAGAUGAACCUGAUACUGCUGCCUGUAGCAGUGAGACAAAGACGCGUAUUGACAAGGAUCCCGUUAUUUUACCCCAGAAGGAGGAAAAGGCUGGGGGACACAGCCUCCUAUUCACACAGAGGAAGGAAAAAGCCUCCAAGGAUGGAAGAGAAACUUCAGCCUCCUCCCCCUCACAUGCGGAUAUACAACCUGCUGACAAUAUGGCGCAAGAACCACCUGUUGAACAUCUCAAAUCACCUGAAGAAUUGACAAAGCAAUCUGAAUCAAAAAUUAAAGGAAAAAUAAGAGAAACAAAUGAAAAAGACACAGGGCAAACAACUCCCAAAAGGGACACAGAAAUAAUAAAUCAGGCUGAAAGUAAAGGUGUAGAGAAAUCAGAAAAGGUGGAAGUCGAAAAAAACAAUCAGACAGAGAAGAAAACCAAAGAAAAAACACAGCAGCUCCUGCAUUCAGAUACAAAUACUACAAAAGCAAAGGCUUCAGGCAGUACACGAGGUAUUUCGGGGACAGAGGCUGUGAUGGAUAAUGAAAGAAAAAACGCUGGAAGAAAUGAUGAAAAACAGACGGUUAAAAUCAAAACAACAUCAGAAACAAACCAACCAGAACUAGCCUCUCAGUCCUCAGAAAAAACUGUAACGUCUGACCUCCCUGCUGAAAAACAUGUCAGACAGACUAAGACUAUACGUCAAGAAAAGGCUUCCGUUUGUGCCGACACCCAAACUAAUGAGGCCGUGAGUGCGACGAAGAGUGAGAAAGGGUCUCCUGAGUUGCAAACAAAGUCUGCGAAAAGCCCCGGAGCAGAAACAGAGCCAGUGGUGAUUGCAGUCGAACCACAGCCUCAUUCUGUAUCUGUGGAAAAAACGGAGAAUUCUCCAGAUGACUCAUGUACACAUGGAGCUAAUGAUGCUCAGCUCCCCAGCUCAACAUCUAUUACCAAAGCAACUACAGCAGCUGAGAAAGUGACUGUAAAAGCCGCUUAUGACACUCCAUCUCUGAUAACUGCGCAGACGGAUAAUAUGUCGGACAAAAAGUCAUCUGUUAAAGAGCCUACUCCUGUUUCUGUCUCGAAACCUGUGAGCGGCAAGGAAUCAGGGCAAGAUGAUGAGAAAAAGGGUUCAAGUGUCAAAUCAGUGCCCACAGAGGUCAAAGUCUCAGGAGAAGGAGAUGUAACGAAACCAGCUGCUGGGCACUUACAGAGUGAUGAAUCAAAAAAUGCAGAGAGCACAAAUGAUAUCACAUCACUCAAGGGCACUAAAAAAUUAGCACAGAGCCCCUCUGAUAGCACUGCUUCGAUCUCCACGAAUAAUGUAGGAGAAAGGACGGCUGAGAAAACUGCCCAUUCACAAAAGAAAGAACUUUCACCUCUUGCUAAUGGUGAUAUCGUCCAACUUCCACCACUCCAGACAUUCAAAAAGGAAGCGGCCACUAAUAAGAUGAGUCAUACUCCAAAAGCACCCACUUCCCCACAAGCUAAUAAGCCGAUCACACAGUCAACCCAGCGAUCAACCAUGAAGAAGCUCCAUUUGCCUCGGGGACUAAGCAAAGACGAUUCUGCAACAGGGCAUGACGCUCCCUCUAGUUGGCUGGAUGUGGACUUCCCCAAACAGAGGCUUAAACUGCCGCCACCCAAACUGAGCUCUUCCGGAAGUGAGAGCAAUCUUCUGGACGCUUCUAAUGAUCUUGAUGAUGACGAUUUUAUUGAGAAAAUCAAGAAGCUUUGCGCCCCGUUCUCUCUCCCGCCACGUAAACACAAUCAAUUCCGGCCACCUCAGCCGCCAUUCGCCAUGCCGGCCAUCAAGGAGGUACGCAAUGAGAAGACGUUCGACCCUGAGGAGUUUAAGUUUGGCUUGAGGAAGAAGAAUAAGUUCACCGUAGACACAUCACCAAGUGUUUUAGCCAUGCUCCAUGACAAGGAGCCAAAAUCUGGCCUGAAGCCUGCCAGGGCAAGCUUGGCAGAUCGGAGCUUGCUGAUCAGCAGGAUGGACACUCACUCUCGCCUCAGGGACAAGAGUCCUGAAGAGGAUGAGGAGGAUGGAAGAAAGGAGGAGGAGAAAGACAACCAGGUUAAGGUGAAGUCUCGUUUGGAGGGUAGCUGCGUCCUCAGCAGCCUCACCUCCUCCAUCCUCAGAGGGAAGAAGAAUGGAGUUCAGGCUGAAGGUACCAGCUCUGGGGACGUGUCCCCCAGCGAAACCCCCCAGUCAAGCCCCCCACCGCCAAGCCCAACCGCCACAGCUCCCCUUAAAGACACACAGGUCCUUAGCAACAGAGAGGAAGCCCCGGCUGUGGAGGCUGUGGUCAGUGACUCAGGCCCUCCACUUCCCUCCUUUAACGACAUCAAGCUGCCGGACUAUUUAGAGAAGUACCUCCCCCGAGAGCCGGCAAAGCCAGUGCAGAGCAUACAAGGACAGGAGCAAGUGAAAACAGAGGUGAAUGGCAAAAUGACAGCUCUUGCAUCUGGAGGUGAAACAGGCCUGGCUGUGAAACCAGCUCUGGUGCUUCCUGAUGCUGUGUCUCCAUUUCUUCCCGAGAUUCCUCCCAUAACACAUCCUGCACUGCCUGAGCUUAAGCCGCCUCUGGCUCAGCCUCAAGGAAUACUAAGAAAUAAGAUAAGAGCCGCCAAGGGAUUUCACAAGCGCCCCGGAAAGAUGGUGUUGUUUGAGAAAGCUCAGUUCAGCGGCCAGGCGCAUGAGAUUAACAGGGAUGUAACAGAUGCUACUUCUCUGCAGCUCUCGCCUCUCAUAUCGGUGAAGGUUGUUAGAGGAUGCUGGGUGCUCUAUGAGAAGCCUAACUUCCAGGGACGCACUAUCGCCCUAGAGGAGGGGGGCAUUGAAUUGACAAACGUGUGGGCAGAGCCUGGGCCGGCAGCUGAACCACAGAACAACCCACCAAUGCGGAUUGGCUCAAUUCGUCUAGCUGUCGCGGAUUACAGCCUUCCCCAUAUUGAUCUGUUUACUGAACCAGAGGGCCACGGCAGAGUAACACCUUACCACGAUGACACAAUAGAGACGGGCUCAUUUGGCAUCCCAGUGAGCACUGCUUCCAUUCGAGUGCACUCUGGGGUGUGGCUGGUUUUCAGUGAUCCGGGCUUCCAGGGCAUGGUAGCUGUGCUGGAGAUGGGAGAGUACCCUGUUCCUGAGUCCUGGGGCUUCACAUCACCCUUUGUUGGAUCUCUGAGACCACUUAAAAUGGGUGGAUUCAAAGUGGAGAAUCCCAAUGAAGUCAAGGCUUUGGUGUAUGAGAAGCCUGGUCUUGAGGGCUCCUGUUUGGAAAUCGACAGUGAUGUGUUCAGCUUUUGUGAAAGUGAAGGAGACAUUGCUACAAAUGGAUCAAACCAUGACUCGACAAAACCAAAGUCUGUGGGUUCUUUAAAGAUCAUCGGAGGACUCUGGGUGGGCUACAGCGAUCCUGGGUUUGAGGGCCAGCAGCACAUCCUGGAGGAAGGAGAGUACCUGGACUGUAGCAAUUGGGGAGGCUCCGAGCCGCUCCUAUCACUACGACCUAUACUGGCUGAUUUCAUGUCUCCGCACCUCAAAAUGUUCAGCGACAGAGAUUUCGGCGAGCUGGGAGUUAACAUUGACCUGUCGGUGCCUGUCAUUAACUUGGAUGACACUGGCUAUGGCAUGAAGACGCAGUCAGUUGAUGUCAUCCGCGGCGUCUGGGCUGUGUUUGAGAAGCCAGGCUUUUGUGGUGAGUGCUACAUCCUGGAGAAAGGCCUGUAUGGAAGCCCAGAGGACUGGGGGGCGCUACAGCCAAGAGUGGCCUCAGUGAUGCCUGUUGUGCUGGAUGAUUUUGAGAAUGCAGCCAAGUUCAAGGUGCAGAUUUUCUCUGAGCCAGGUUUUCAAGGCUCUGUCCUCCCUCUCGAGGACAGUGUGGCCUCCCUGCAGGACGGCAUCUCUGUGACCUCCUGCAAAGUUCUGGCCGGAAGCUGGCUGGCAUUUGAGGGACGGGACUUCACUGGCAGGAUGUAUGUGUUAGAAGUUGGGAGCUACCCAGAUCUGAGAGCGAUGGGAUGUGUCAAUGCAAACUCCUCCAUCCUAUCACUACAGACCACUGGCUUUGAGUUUUCACUGCCGUCCAUCACUUUGUUUGAGCGCUGUGAUCUGCGGGGGAAGAGGGUGGUUCUGACAGACGGAUCAGUCAACCUUCAGCUGGCUGGAGGCUGCAGCAGAGUUCAGUCUGUGGUGGUGGAAGGAGGCAUGUGGAUAUUAUAUGAGGGAAUCAACUAUCGGGGUGCCCAGAUUUUGCUGAAACCUUGCCAGGUGCCCGACUGGCGCAAGUUCAGCAGCUGGCAGAAAAUUGGAUCCCUCCGUCCUCUAAUACAGAAGCAAGUGCACUUCCGCCUGAGGAACAGACAGACGGGGCUCAUGAUGUCAGUGACCGGCGAUUUGGAUGAUGUCAAACUGCUGCGGAUCCAAGAGACAGAGGAGACUGAUGGGUUUGAGCAGAUUUGGUUCUACCAGAAUGGACAUCUCCACUGCCAGCUGCUAGAGGAGUGCUGCCUGUGUCCCAGCAGUAGUGUGACGAUGGCAGGAAGUCGUGUGGGUCUCACCCCCGAGCUGGAAAAUCAAGUCCACCUGUGGAGCAUCACCCCUGAGGGCUUCAUCCGCCACAACCCAACCCCUGAUCUGGUCCUGGAUGUCAAAGGGGGCCAUCACUACGACAAAAACCAAGUGAUUCUACAAACACUUGAUCCUAAUAAACUACAACAAAGGUGGAAUGUGGAGAUUAUAUGAAAACGUGAGCUGCUGAACUGGAUCCCUAAUAUUAUUAUCAAAGGGGAAGCUCUACCAGGGGCUCUGUUACGCAGCUGCAAUACAAAUGCUCAAGGGCGAGGUACGUCAUUGGAGAUGCUCAACCUCCCGCUGCAGGACGACCACAAAGAUUUUCAAUGAGGAGGUCAACAUGGAGAGUGUGGUGAAAAAUCCUUAAGAAUGUAUUACACCCCACAGCAGAGUCUGAACUCAAUGCUUAAUAUUUUACAUAACUAGCAAUAUACGUUAAGGCUUAAUUUUUUUGUCUUUUUCAUUGAAUAAACCCGUUUGCCUGAUGUUAAUUAACUUAAACAGUGUUAACACUUUUCUGUAUUUUAUAUAUAUAUAUAUAGCUUUAUUUUCCAGCAGCAUGAAACAAAAAUACAGUUUCUCUUGAAAUGUGUCUUUUUUUUUCCUGUGUAAUCAAAAUGAUACGCACACAACUUUUGUUUUCAGAAUAAAAGUAUUUUUGUCAAUACA